CUAGUGCUUGAAUACCGGAAAACGUGUGCGAGGGCCAGGAGUUCGGUUCGAGGCCGUGUAGCCAUGGGCCGGAGGAAAGCGCCGGGUUCUGGGUCCCUCGGCCGGGCACUUAUCCGGCAUCAGACUCAGGGGAGCCGUCGGCACCGUCACACUGACUCUUGGUUGCACACAAGUGAACUCAAUGAUGGCUAUGACUGGGGUCGUCUUAAUCUUCAGUCAGUGACUGAACAGAGCUCCCUUGAUGACUUUCUUGCAACUGCAGAACUUGCAGGAACAGAGUUUGUAGCUGAGAAGCUUAAUAUUAAGUUUGUGCUUCCUGAGGCAAAAACUGGACUGCUGUCUUCUGAGGAGAGCCAGAGAAUUAAGAAACUCCAUGAAGAAAACAAACAGUUCUUGUGUAUACCAAGGAGACCAAAGUGGGACAAAAACACCAGCUCCGAAGAACUCAAACAGGCAGAAAAAGAUAACUUUCUAGAAUGGAGACGUCAGCUUGUCCGGCUAGAAGAGGAACAAAAGCUGAUAUUAACUCCAUUUGAAAGAAAUUUGGACUUUUGGCGCCAACUCUGGAGGGUGAUUGAGAGAAGCGAUAUCGUGGUCCAGAUAGUAGAUGCUCGAAACCCGCUCCUGUUUAGAUGUGAGGAUUUGGAAUGUUAUGUGAAAGAAAUAGAUGACGAUAAGGAGAAUGUUAUUCUGAUAAAUAAGGCAGACUUGUUGACUUCUGAGCAGCGGAGCGCCUGGGCCACAUACUUUGAAAAAGAAAAUGUGAAGGUUAUUUUCUGGUCAGCUUUGGCUGAAGCCAUCCCACUAAUUGGUGACUCUAAGGAACAAGCAAAUGCAGAUGCUGAAGAAGCCAACAGAACGGACUCUGAAAACUCCAGUUGCGAUGAGGCAGAAAUUCCACAAGGUGAGAGUCGGCAUCUAGAGAGGAGCCCUCUCUCACUUGGUGAAGAUGUCGCUAGUGAUGAAGACGACAGUGAGUAUGAGGACUGUCAGGAGGAGGAGGAGGAGGAGGAUUGGCAGACAUGUUCGGAAGAGGACAGCAACCCUAACGAAGAUGCCUGUGGCCAGGACUGGCAGGAAAGCUGUACUGUGGAUGCCAAGGCCCAGGGCAGGAAAACCCCGCAGAAGAGGCAAACACGCAAUUUUAGCCACUUGGUAUCAAAGCAGGAGCUACUGGAGAUCUUUAAGCAGCUGCACACUGGGAAGAAGGUGAAAGAUCAGCACCUUACUGUUGGACUGGUGGGCUACCCAAAUGUUGGUAAGAGUUCAACAAUCAACACUAUCAUGGGCAACAAGAAAGUAUCUGUGUCUGCCACCCCUGGUCACACCAAGCAUUUUCAGACUCUCUUUGUGGAGCCUGGGCUCUGCUUAUGUGACUGCCCAGGCCUGGUGAUGCCAUCCUUUGUCUCUACCAAAGCUGAGAUGAUUUGCAAUGGAAUCCUCCCAAUUGACCAGAUGAGAGAUCACAUUCCACCUAUAUCACUGGUUUGCCAGAAUAUUCCAAGACACGUUUUAGAAGCCACCUAUGGCAUUAACAUCAUAAAGCCUAGAGAGGAUGAAGAUCCCCAUCGGCCUCCAACAUCAGAAGAACUACUGACAGCUUAUGGAUAUAUGCGAGGAUUCAUGACAGCACAUGGGCAGCCAGACCAGCCUCGGUCUGCACGCUACAUCCUGAAGGAUUAUGUCAAUGGUAAACUCCUGUACUGCCAUCCUCCUCCGGGGAGAGAUCCCCUGACCUUUCAGUAUCAACACCAGCGACUACUGGAGAACAAAUGGAAUGGUGGUGAAAUGAAAACACAGCCAAGUCGGAAUAAAAAAGCAAAACAGAUUGAAAAUGUUGUUGACAAAGCUUUUUUCCAUCAAGAAAAUGUGAGAGCUUUGACCAAAGGAGUCCAGGCUGUGAUGGGCUACAAGCCUGGGAGCGGCCUGGUGACUGCAGCUACUGUGAGCUCUGAGAGUGGGGCUGGGAAGCCCUGGAAAAAACAUGGCAACAGAAAUAAGAAAGAGAAAAGUCGUCGGCUCUACAAGCACCUGGAUACAUGAACACACCAAAGCGGCUUCCGCAUUGUGCACCUGGAAAAGAACAAGCUGCUCCGGGCCUGUGGUGCUGCAGAGUGGACCUGCUCGGUGGCGCACCGCACACCCAGCGGUCACCAGCAAGACCCAGGGCUCCGCGGAGCCUGGAUUAAGGUGGGGGACAGAACCAUGUAUAUUUGUUUGUGUAAAUAUACACAAAUGUAUAUACUAAUUUGUACAUUGGGAAAAUUUUUAAAAGAUAAUAAAAUUAAGUUGCCACUAA